GUUUGGAGUGACGAUGAUGAGGGUCUCUCCUGCCCAGAGCACCAAAAGUCCUUCGAAAGCUCCUGCUAUGAGUUUGUGGGUCUGCAGCGGGGUUUUCUCAGCGCUCAGGCUUGGUGUGAACGAGGCGGUGGGCACCUGGCCUUCAUUCAGAAUGAUGAGACCCAGCAAUUUCUCCAAAAACACCUGCGGCCGGAUAAGAACUGGUGGAUAGGACUAGCACCUUCCUCUGGCUUUGGACUCAACCUUACUUUGGACUCUGCUCCCACUGAAGGUCUCUUAUCCUGGCUGGAUGGCUCGGACGUCAGUUUUUCCAGCUGGCUCAUAGACGCAUCACUGAAUGCAAGCUGUGGAUACAUCAAGAAAGAUUCAGGAUUUCAGUGGGACACCACCAGUAACUGUAGCCAGGAGCUCGACUUCAUCUGCGAGUUUGAGUCUGGGCGUUCAAUAUCCUGCACUGAUCACAAUGCUACACUUCAGUGUGGCUCUGGUACGGUGAUAGAGAUAGAUGAGAGCUUCUACGGCAGAAAAACACAGCAUUACUGCAGGAACGAUCACAGUCCGCCUAAUGCAUCUUCACAGCAGGAGGAGUGCAGCUGGGUGAACAUAGUCGAUUCAGUAUCUGAGAACUGCCAUGGGCUCCAGGUGUGCCAGGCGUCUGUUGACGUCUCGUCUUUCGGAGAGCCGUGUCCUACUCAUGGAAGCUACAUGUCGGUGGAAUAUCAUUGCAAAGAUGCUCUUUAUCUGUUGGUGAGCAAAGUGGCCGCUGUCUUUGAAAAUGUUUCCAUUUCUGUGAAGUGGCUCUUAAAUCCUUUUCAAGGCAACCUCACAUGCACAUUGACUGCAGGUGAUGGGCACAUUGUUGAGAAUUACAAUCCAGAUGAGAUGAAGGAUGUGGUCCAUAAGUACAGUCAAGCUGGACUGUACACAGUUACAGUAGAGUGUAGUACCAGCGAAUGGAACGUGGCCGCCCACAAGCGCAUCACUAUCCAGGAACCACUCGGAGAGUUUGGGAAAAUACAGUGUUACAGUCUGAAUCAGUCCACUGACUAUCCAAACUGCGGAGCGCUUUACAAUAACCCAUUAUACAUUGAACUACAGUUAGAUGCAGGAACAAACGUGACCUACAAAAUUCAGCAAGGACACACAGAGCUGGCCUCAACAUCUGCUAUCAAAGGAGUCAUGCCUCAUAACAUCACCUUAUCUCCAGAAGUACAGCAGCAGAUGGGACCAGGCUGUCACCAGGUCACCAUAGUGGCUCUCAAUAAUGUGACGAGCACAAAUCAAUCAACCAACCUGAAGCUGUGCUUGUUCGAGCCAGUGGAAGACCUCCGUGUGGUUAUGGACCCUGAGCAUGACCAGUGUCCGGCCCAUGCCCUGCAUGUUAAUGUUUCUCUGACUCGGGGCCCUCCGGUGUUACUGCAUUUCCUGGUGUCUACAACUAAUCACACUUUCUCAGAGAGACACGAGAUGCAAUACAGAGGUUCAGAGGUUUUUCGUAUCUCAAACACAAUACAAGGUACAUUAAAUGUCGUGGUCAGAGCAGAAAAUAACUUCUCAGUCAUGGAAAUGGAUGGUGGAAACACAACUGUUUAUUGCCACAAAGAAAUGACUACAAUAUCUCCACCUGUCUCAAAUCCACCUUCUUGUAUCAUAAGCCCUCUUAUGGGUGAUGUUCUCUCACCCUUUAAUAUCACCUGCUCUGUGGAUCCAACUUUUUGUGAAGCCGGGCCCUGUACAUACUGCUUCAAAACAAACCGUGGUAACUAUUUCUACUGUGGCGUUGAGCCUGCAGUGACGUCGCUUUACCUUCCUCUAGGGGACGAACACAGUAACUACAUGCUGAUGGUGGAUAUUACUGUUACAAACACUGCUGGUGUUGCUGUUAACUCAACUAUAACUACUUGGGUAAAUGACACUGUUAAGUCCACAAUUGGAGAUCUUCAGGCGUUGGUUUCCAACCAGGUAUCUCAGCUACAGGAACAGGGUCGCCUGACAGGUGCAGCUCUGGCACAAAUGUUCACAUCUGUAUCCAACAGACUGAACGAUGCGUUGCCUGACGAACAAGAUAAAAGUGUCAAAAAAGAGCUGAGACAACAAAUGCUGGAAAGUAUGAGCGCUGCCAUAAACAUUAAACCACCGAGGAACACAGCAGAAGUUCAGAUGAGCGCUGAUGCUGUCGCAGGACUCACAACACAAGGAGAUGAGUUAACAGAGACAGCUCAGUUACAGGCUAGUUCAGUAUUAACAAACCUCAGUCAGUCUCUGGUUUAUUUGACUCAUUCUGGUGAGGAAUCCUCUGAGCAGGUGAUGCAAGCGGCCACACCGAUUAUCGAUGGUGUCAGUAACAUCCUCAAAGUUUCUUCCAGCACAGAUGAACAGAGUGAAAUAUCCAGUCAUCUACUGAACACGGUGGGAAACGUUCAAAGUGCCUUGUUGGCUGGGAAGAAAGUCGACGAGGAGCCGACCAUUCUGAGCACUUCAGUGAUGGGUUUAUAUGUCAACAGAAUGUCAAUGGAUGGACUUCAGAAACAAUCCUUUAACAUUGAAGAAAGUAGCUCGGCCAGUUUCAUGCUUCCAUCUCUGGGCGCUAAUCUCCUGUCUGCAGAAGAACCAGUAGAUGUUCGGAUGACAAGUUACAAGAUCAACCCCUUCUCCUGGUGUGAAAGCGAGCAGAUCAGUGGUUCAGUUGGGUCUCUGUCUCUUACCAAGAAGAACGGCUCUGUCAUUCCAGUGACAAACCUCACUGAAGAGAUUGAGAUUCUCUUACCAAGAACAGAGACGGAGAGUGUUAACCAAACUCUUCUGGAUCUGGGAAACUACAGCACUGUGAUCAUUAAUGUUACCACACCGAAUAUAUCUUUAGUUUUAAAGUUCAACCCCUCAGAGGAAACAUCUCUGCACCUUCUCCUGGGUUUUCAGGACUACCCUAAUGAUACAAAUUACGUUGCUCAUAUCCAGCUGCCUCGAGAGGGGAAAUCUGAAGAGGAGAGGUACACAUGGGUGCUUAACCCUAUGGAGAUAUCAAUCGAAGUGGGUGUUUACUAUCUACUAGUGAGGCCGGUUGUAGAUGCGGGUGUGAAUGCAACAAACGCUACUGUAUUCGUCACGACCAUCGCCGCUCAGUGUUUGUACUGGGACGAAAUGAAAGUCAACUGGAGUGGUGAUGGCUGUAGGGUCGGUCCUCGCACUUCAGCGUUGUUUACUCAAUGCCUGUGUACCCAUCUGACUUUUUUUGGAAGCUCGUUUUUCGUCAUGCCCAACGUGGUUGAUGUGUCCCGCACGGCUGAACUCUUUGCCACCUUUGUGAACAACCCGGUGGUGGUGUGCUUUGUCGGUGCCAUCGUUCUGGUGUACCUGGUGGCCGUGGUGUGGGCACGGAGAAAGGAUAUUGAGGAUGCAGUGAAGGUGAAGAUCACAGUACUCGAGGACAAUGAUCCUUUGGCUGAAUAUCGUUACUUGUUAAGCAUCAACACAGGACAUCGCCGUGGAGCUUCCACAUCUUCUCAGGUGACAGUGAUUCUGCAGGGCACAGAAGGUGAAAGUGAACCACAUCAUCUGACCGACCCUGAUAAGCCAGUGUUUGAAAGAGGAGGACUGGAUAUGUUCCUGUUGACCACACCUUAUUCACUGGGAGAGAUACAGAGCAUCAGACUGUGGCAUGACAACUCUGGAGAUUAUCCUGCUUGGUAUAUUAAUAAUGUGAUGGUGCAAGAUUUGGAGACUGGGCAGAAGUGGCACUUUCUGUGCAGCUCCUGGUUGGCCAUUGAUAUGGGAGAAUGCACACUUGAUAAAGUGUUUCCUGUAGCAACAGAGAUGGACUUGAAAAGAUUCAGUAAUCUGUUCUUCAUGAAGACCGCUAAAGAUUUCCGUGACGGUCACAUCUGGUUCUCCGUGAUCAGUCGUCCUCCGAGGAGUAACUUCACCAGAGUCCAGCGCGUCUCCUGCUGUUUCUCACUGCUCCUCUGUACCAUGUUGACCAGUAUUAUGUUUUGGGGUAUCCCAACAGACCCCGCUGAGCAGACCAUGGAUCUGGGUCACAUUGAGUUCACUUGGCAGCAGGUCAUGAUUGGCAUUCAAAGUUCAAUCAUCAUGUUUCCCAUCAACCUCCUCAUCGUGAGCAUCUUCAGAAACGCUCGCCCAAGAGAACGAACGGCGUCUUCCAAGCAACAGUCAAAGAUAGAUCUAGUAAAACAGGGUAAAACUGGACGUGUGUCUCCCAAUCAGCCACCCUCUCCAGACAAUAAUCACAAGGAGAUCACACCGGACACUGUUAUAAAGGACAUUAAACGGAUAGCACAGUCCCUCUAUAAGGUCAUGAGAAGACCUGUUCCCCGGAUCGAGGCGGACCCUGGCAAGACAGAUAUUAACACUUUACUGUCAUUGGUAGAAGAGGUAAUAUGUCAACACAAUCGAGUUGGUAAUGAGUUUUACACUGAUUCUUCCAAAAAGGAGCAAAAUCUUUCAGUUUCCCUGAGGUGUGUAAAUCUGCAAGAGAGCAGUUUUUGCGAGAGCCCCGAGCGAAGUGAAAAAUCCAGCAUUUACAGUCAAUAUCUCUACAAACAACUGCAAAACCUGGAGAGAGAAUUGAGACUCCUCAGACCUUCGUCGUUCUCUAAGCCGGACAGCUACAGUCGUGCUGUAUUACAGGUUCAGGGCAUGAGGAACCUUCUCGAACCCCACAUCUCCUCAUCUCUCAUCGGUCAACACACUCGUUGCUCCAGUCCAUCAGAGGGCAGCGGUGGAGACAACAAAAAGUGCUGUAAGAAAGGUUUGCCCUGGUGGUUCGUGUUCGUGGGUUGGUUUCUCGUGCUCGCCACCAGCGGCGUUUCAGCAUACUUCACUAUGCUGUACGGCCUGACCUACGGAAGAGAUCGGUCCAUCAGCUGGCUCAUCUCUAUGGUGGUGUCUUUCUUUGAAAGCCUCUUUAUCACACAGCCUGUUAAAGUACUUGGCUUUGCGGUCUUUUUUGCUUUGGUACUGAAAAGCGUUGACCAGGAAGAGUAUGAAGACGGUCUCGUUGAAGGAGCUCUGGCCAGAACAGAUGAUCCUGAUGCCGUCAGAAUUGGCAGGAGAAACAGCACGUGUAGCUUCUAUCAGCCUCCUCCACCCACCGACAUUGAAAAGAUGAGAAACAACAUGAUCAAAGAGCAGAAAGUCUUCGCUCUCAUUAGAGAGAUCCUCAUUUAUGUCGGGUUCCUGUGGAUGCUCCUCUUGGUGGCAUACAGCCAGCGAGAUCCCAACGGGUACCAUCUCACCCAACACAUCCGGCAGAGCUUCAGCAGUGGCAUUUCACAGAGUAUGGAGCAGAAAGAUAUAUUCAAAUGGGCAAAAACAUCUUUACUUAAAAACCUGUUUGGGCAAUAUCCAGGCUUUAUAACAGAUGGCAACUCGAAACUUGUCGGCAACGCUCGACUCCGUCAGGUCAGGGUGAGAAAAGACUCGUGUGAGAUUGCUAAAUCAAUGCAGCACUCUGUCUCCGAAUGCAAUGGGCCGUACUCUUGGGACGCAGAGGACACGGGAUCUUACGGUCCGGGUUGGAUCCAGACGAAUGACACGGAUGACUCAAAAAUGUAUCUCACACCGUGGCGGUACCAAACUCAAGGCAAACUCAGAUCAAACCCGGUUUGGGGCAGCGUGGCUCUUUAUAAGGGUGGAGGAUUCGUGGUGGACCUGGGUCCUGAUCUGAAGAAAGCAAGCAGACUUCUUCAGUAUCUUUUUAACAACACUUGGCUGGAUGUGUACACACGUGCCGUGUUUGUGGAGUUCACAGUGUACAACGCGAACGUAAACCUCUUCUGUAUUGUGACUCUCAUGAUGGAAACCACAGGCGUGGGUUCGUUCCAGUAUCGGAGUGAGGUACAGAGUGUCCAUCUCUACCAGUCUACAGGUGGCUUUCAUGUGUUUAUUAUGGCAUCAGAGGCCAUCUAUUUCCUCUUCAUCCUCUACUACAUGUUUGUGCAGGGUAAAGUGUUGAAGCAGCAGAAAUUGGCGUAUUUCAGAAGCAAGUGGAAUAUUUUAGAGUCGGCCAUUAUUGUUUUAAGCUGGAGUGCGUUAUCGGUGUUUGUCAAGAGGACCAUGUUGGGCAACCGAGACAUUGAGUUCUACCAAAAUAACAAAGACUUGUUUGCGAGUUUUUCGGAGACCGCUGUUGCAGAUGCUGCGUUGGGUUAUCUGAUAGCCUUCUUAGUUCUGCUCGCAACCAUCAAGCUGUGGCAUCUUCUCAGACUCAACCCUAAACUUCACAUGAUCACCUCGACACUGCAGCGGGCAUGGACCGAUAUCUCCGGUUUCAUUAUUGUCAUGACCAUCAUGUUUCUGGCCUAUUCCAUUGCUUGCAAUCUAAUGUACGGUUGGAGGCUCUGUUCGUACAGAACUUUGGUUCAGGCCGCCCAAACUAUUAUUUGCCUACAGCUGGGUAUCUUUAACUAUGAUGAGGUUUUGGAUUACAAUCCAGUUCUGGGUGCUUUCCUGAUUGGAUCCUGCAUUAUCUUCAUGACAUUUGUCGUUCUAAACCUAUUUAUAUCCGUCAUCCUGGUGGCCUUCAGCGAAGAGCAACUUCACCCCACACACUCUGAAGAGGAAGAGAUUGUAGAGCUGAUGCUGAUGAAGAUCUGCAGUCUUUUUGGAAUCAAGUGCAAGAAAAAAAUCGACCCAGACGCCGUUGUGACCAAAGCUUCGGUUAUAUCAUAGGGAUUGAUCCGCGUCUAUGUAAUCGUGCGACGGUCAACAUAAGCUUUGUGAAAUGUCUCUUGGUCAUUGUAUGCUUUUAAUUUGACAUAACCAUAGAUUUUAAGGCUUGCAAAUGCAUAGAGGCUGUUUUAUUUAGGUGUCAAUGCUAGAAAUACAAAUAUUAAAGCAUAAAAUAUACAAUUGCAA